AAGAUCCAUGGAGGCUCAUUUGUUCAGGGUGUAGCAGAAGUUGAUCAUGAUCAUGGUGAUGGAGAGGAAAACAUUUGGGCUUUUGUUCUUGGUCCUCCUCGUCUUAGCUGCUGAUGUGGCAGUGGAGAGAGGAGAGGCUGCAGUGUGCUUCGCAAGAAGGCAUGGAUUCCAGGGACGAUGCUUAGUCGACGCGCAGUGUGCACACGUGUGCAGGUCCGAUGGUUUCAUUGGUGGCGAGUGCCGAGGACCCUUUCGCAAGUGCUUUUGCAGCAGGACUUGUUGAAGAUCAACCCCUUUUCAUAUAUAUAAAUAAAUAAAUAGCACCUAACACUACACAUAUAGUGUACUCGGAUAUGGUGCUACAUGUCAAUAAUGUCGCUGGCUGCCGAUCACAUAUAUAUAAUAUGUGCUCUCUGUCUUUGGUUACCAUAAUAUACAUAUGUAUGGUAGAGCAAGGAUAUAUGGUGCUGUCAUCAAUUUAAGUGAUCUUAUAAUAAAUAAUGAUAUUGCCAAUAAA